AAGAAGUGACUGAUAAGGCAGCAAUAAAAGGUUAACUUGUCCAUGAUGAGGUUCUCAUACGGUAGAUAAAGGUAUCAUCUUUAAAGCCAAGGCAUUGCUCAUCUUAUACAGGUUUCCCAAAUGGCAUACCUCAGGGAGUUAUUCUGCCUAUUUGCUGCAGUUACUUUUGCAGUAUGCCAAGCUCAAUCUUCAGAUAAGUGUGCGGGAGCUCCCGGAAUUCCCGGUACCCCAGGACAGAACGGUCUUCCAGGAAGGGAUGGAAGAGACGGCAUGAGGGGAGAAGCGGGUAUACCUGGGCCGAUGGGUGCUCCAGGAGGACAGCAAGGACCACCAGGAAGAGAUGGUCUUCCAGGCCCAUUGGGACCACCUGGUUUACAAGGAAUAAAAGGAGAAAGUGGAGAAAUUGGAUUUCCAGGAACUCCUGCAUCACUAGAUCCAGAAGUACUUUUUCAGUUAGAAAAUAUAAACAAUCGCAUCGCCAAACUGGAAGGAGUUCUCCUCCUGCAAGGAAAAAUACAACAAGUGAAUCAUAAAAUACUAGCUACCAAUGGUAAUGAGGUCGAUUUUGAAACUUCCAAAACCACCUGUAAGGAUGUCGGUGGAUGCAUUGCUACUCCGAUGGAUGAAGCUGAAAACAAUGCAUUAUUAAAAAUCCUCAAGGAAUUUAACAGAUACACAUAUCUGGGAAUACUGGAGGGGCCAACUGCUGGAGAAUUCCAUUAUUUGGAUGAAAACCCUUAUUUGGGUGGGAAUCAUUUAAACUACACCCACUGGAGAAAAAGUGAACCAAGUGGGAAAGGAAAGGAAAAUUGUGUUGAAAUGUACACAGAUGGAACAUGGAAUGACAAGGCAUGCAACCAGAAGAGGCUCACAGUUUGUGAGUUUUAAAUCUUCAUGAUCAUAAUGUUCACACUUAAAGAGCCACUCCAUUUUCAUAUAUAUAUCGGGGCUCAAAAUUUCACGUCCUGCGCUACUAGCCAGGCCUUAAUGGUUACUUGCCACCAGUUGACCCAACCAAUCCCUACCCUGCACCACCCCUAAUUCUGCCCCUAAACACGCCCUCAAAUUAUCUCAUAAAAUGACACCUACAUGUUUUAUGCCAAAUUAAGUUACAAACUUUAUCAGUGCAGCCACACCUGUGCCCACCAUUGCAGCCUCUACCCACUGUGCCCACCAUUGUAGCCUCUGCUCACCUGUGCAGAGGAUAGCC